ACCUGUGAGGACGCCGCGUGCUUUCCAGCAAGGUCAGACUGCAGGAUGACAGACAGUGACACAAAUCUCCCAACUAUUGAGAGAAAGCUGGGACUGCAGAUAUGGGGCAUAGAGAAUAUGAAGAUGGUUCCUGUACCUGAAAAGGCUUAUGGGACUUUUUUUGAAGGAGACUGCUACAUAAUUCUGCACACCAAAAGAACCUCUCAUGGCUCUGCUGUGGAUUUGCAUUACUGGAUUGGCAAGGAUUCAUCUCAGGAUGAGCAAGGGGCUGCGGCCCUGUACGUCACCCAGAUGGACAAUGUGCUCAGCGGGAACCCCGUGCAGCACCGAGAAGUGCAGGGACAUGAGUCUGAGACCUUCCAAAGUUAUUUCCGCAACGGCAUUAUCUACAAGAAGGGUGGAGUGGCUUCAGGAUUUAAGCAUGUGGAGACCAAUAUGUACAACAUCAAACGUCUUCUUCAUGUCAAGGGGAAGAAGCAUGUGUCAGCCACAGAGGUAGCACUUUCCUGGGACAGUUUCAAUAAGGGUGAUGUUUUCUUGCUGGACCUCGGGAAAGUGCUGAUUCAGUGGAACGGCCCCAGCUGCAGCAUUGCUGAGAAAUCCAGGGGUCUCGUGCUGGCUCGCAGCAUCAGGGACAGCGAAAGAGGUGGCCGCGCUCAGAUCGGCAUUAUUGACAACGAGAAAGACUCCCCGGACCUCAUGCAGAUCAUGAAGAUGGUGCUGGGUGAGAGGCACGGGGAGCUCCGAGACGCCAUCCCUGAUGCGAAAGCAGAUGAGCUGCAGAAAGCAAAUGUCCGGCUCUACCAUGUCUAUGAGAAGGACAACGACCUGGUGGUACAGGAGAUAGCCACCCGACCCCUGACGCAGGAUCUGCUCCAGCACGAGGACUGCUACAUUUUAGACCAAGGUGGGUUUAAGAUUUACGUCUGGAGAGGAAAAGCCUCCAGCCUGGAAGAGAAAAAAGCAGGCUUCACUCGAGCUGUGGGUUUUAUCCAAGCCAAAGGCUAUCCUUCAUCCACCAACAUUGAAGUGAUCAGUGAUGGAGCAGAGUCAGCCAUGUUUAAACAGCUCUUCCAGAGGUGGACAGAAAAGGAUGAAACGCAAGGACUGGGCAAAGUCUACACUACUGGCAAAAUUGCCAAGGUGGAGCAGGUGAAGUUUGACACCACUCAGCUCCACGCCAGACCGGAGCUAGCUGCUGAGCAGAGAAUGGUCGAUGAUGCCUCUGGGGAGAUAGAGGUGUGGAGGAUUGAGGACUUGCAAAUGCAGCCAGUGAAUCCCAAGACAUAUGGGCAGUUCUACGGGGGUGAUUGCUACCUGGUCCUGUACACCUACCUGAGAUCAGGCAGGCCUCACUAUGUCCUCUACAUGUGGCAGGGUCGCCAUGCCUCUGUGGAUGAAAUCACCGCCUGUGCCCUCAAUGCCAUCGAGCUGGACAAAAAGCACGGGGACGAGGCCGUGCAGGUGCGCGUGACGAUGGGCAAGGAGCCCACACACUUCCUGGCAAUCUUCAAGGGCAAGCUGGUCAUUUACGAGGGCGGCACGAGCCGGGCUCAGAAAAUCACGCCCGAGCCGGCGAUCCGCCUCUUCCAGGUGAGGGGCACGGACGAGAUGAACACGAAGGCCACAGAGGUGCCAGCCCGGGCCUCCUCGCUCAACUCCAACGACGUCUUCCUGCUGUCGACCAGCCAAGUCUGCUACCUGUGGUGCGGGAAGGGGUGCAGCGGAGAUGAGAGGGAGAUGGCAAAAAUGGUAGCUGACAUCGUUUCCAAACGGGACAAGCUCACCAUUUUGGAAGGACAAGAGCCCGCAGAGUUCUGGGAAGCCUUGGGAGGCAAAGCACCUUACGCCAGUGAAAAGAGGUUUCAAGAGCAGAUCACACACUACCAACCUCGCCUCUUUGAGUGCUCCAACCAGACGGGUCGAUUCAUCAUGACAGAGGUGGUGGGCUUCUGCCAGGAAGACUUGGAUGAAGAUGACGUCAUGCUGCUAGACACAUGGGAAGAGAUUUUCCUUUGGGUUGGCAAAGCCUCCAACACAUACGAGAGGAAUGAAGCAGUUGCUUCAGCUAAGGAGUUUCUCAAGACCCAUCCGGCAGGGAGAGACUUGGCAACUCCGAUAAUACUGGUGAAGCAGGGCUACGAACCCCUCAACUUCACAGGAUGGUUCAACGCUUGGGACCCCUACAAAUGGAGCGAUGGCAAGUCUUAUGAGGAGAUGAAGAACAGCUUAGGAGAGAUGUCGGCUAUAUCCGAGAUCAAAGUGGACCUUAAUAACAUCAGCCUGAACAAGAAAACCCUCAGCAUGACCAGCUUGGCAGGUUCAAGUAUAGCAAGUGCUUCCCCUGAGUAUAAAUCGCACUUGAACCACAGUGACAGCAACAGCUACAGCAAUAGCAGCACCUACAACAGCAGCCCUUCCAUGGUGCCCAACGGCGAAGGAAUUUACUCCCGAGAGGUGCUGAUGAACAAGACGGUGGAUGAACUUCCAGAAGGCGUGGAUCCUACUAAAAAAGAGUACUAUCUCUCUGAUGCUGAUUUCCACGAUAUCUUUGGGAAGUCCAAGGAUGAGUUCUACCAGAUGCCCAAAUGGAAGCAGCAGAAUGAGAAGAAGCAGUGUGGACUCUUCUGAGACCGCAGGGGCCAUCCAGCUUCCAGUGACUCUGGGACCAGCCCUUGCUCUCUUAGGAGCUGCAGGGAAGAAGUACAGACAUUUGCUCAGUGAACCCAACCCAACACCUCAAUCAGGCCAAGCUCCAAUGCAGUUAUUCCAGCAGCCACUGUUCAGGGGA